AUGGCAUCUCUGCCAGUGGAACCAAAUGUUCAAGAACUGGUUAGGAGUAAUGCAUUAAAGAUCCCCGAGAAGUACCUUUUAAAGAAUAUAGAUCAACAAGACAAGCCAAAGAGUAUAGCAAACACUAGUCAUGAUUUUUCUUCUGAUGAUAUCCCCAUCAUCCAUUUUUCUCUGCUCUCAAGUGGGCACGAGGAUGAGGAGCUUAACAAACUGGAUCUGGCUUGCAAGGAAUGGGGAUUCUAUGUGCUAUUUAUAACUCUCGUUAAUCAUGGAGUGGCAAGAGAAGUGUUGCAGGGCAUGAAGGAUGGUUCUGCAAAGUUCUUUGAACUUCCUUUAGAAGAGAAGAAUAAAAUUUCCAUGUCAACAGCAAAAGGCACACGAGAAGGCUAUGGACAAGCCUUUGUGGUUACUGAAGAGCAGACCCUCGACUGGUCCGACGCACUGGUUCUCAAUCUUUACCCAUCCCAGAUAAGGAACCUUGAGUAUUGGCCAACCACACCAAGGGGAUUCAAGGAGGCUAUUGAGGCAUAUGCUAGUGAAGUUAAAAGAGUUGGAGAGGAGAUCCUUAGAUCUCUGUCUUUAACUAUGGGGAUGGAGAAGGAUGUUCUUCUUGGACUGCAUCAAGAUUUGGCAGCAGCAUUGCGCAUAAACUACAUUCCUCCAUGCUCUAUGCCUGAUAAAGUACUAGGUCUAAGUGCACAUGCGGAUGCAGGCACCAUUAUUGUACUUAUGCAAGAAGAUAAUGUUAUCGGAUUACAGAUUCGAAAACAAGGACAAUGGGUGUCAGUCAAGCCGAUUCCAAACUCUUUGGUUGUGAAUGUUGGAGAUGCUCUUGAGAUAUGGAGCAACGGGAAGUACAAAAGCAUUGAACACAGAGCUGUGACAAACGAAAGCAAGGCAAGGAUGUCUAAUGCAUCAUUUAUCUUUCCACAUGUCGAUGUGGAAAUUGAGCCGUUCGAUCAUAUACUGGAGUCAUCAGGGACCAUUCAGAUGUAUAAGAAGGUCAAAUAUGGAGAUUAUUUGAUUCAAUGCUUGAAGAGGAAAAUGGAGGGGAAGGAACACACUCAAAAUGCAAAAUUAGGAAGUACUUAA